AUGACCAAAAAAAGGAGAAACAACGGUCGUGCCAAAAAGGGCCGCAGCCAUGUGCAGCCAGUUCGCUGCACUAACUGCGCCCGCUGUGUGCCCAAGGACAAGGCCAUUAAGAAGUUCAUCAUUCAGAACAUCGUAGAGGUGGCUGCCAUCAGGGACAUGUCUGAAGCAAGUGUCUUCGAUGCCUAUGUGCUCCCCAAACUCUAUGUCAAGCUGCAUUAUUGUGUGAGCUGUGCUAUUCAUAGCAAUGUAGUCAGGAAUCGAUCCCGGGAAGCUCGGAAGGACCGAACACCACCUAGGAGAUUAAUAAAGAAAAACGUCUUUAAUGAUGCACACUGUAUCCCUAUGGGAGGUGCUCUUGUCACUCAGGACUCAGUAGCCAAUCAUGCACUCCAGGUGACCUGCCAGUCAGAAGCAGUGCAGGUCUCUUCCUGGGAAGCCAUCUUCAGUCUUGGCUUUGAAGUGGAGCUGGCGCCAGAGAAUUCCUGUUCUCCGGUGCAGUUGCUGUUGCAGGGAGACGAUGCACUGAGAAUUUUUGCAAAAUGGAGAAGCCCAACAUGGUAA